ACCACAGUGAGUCCAAGUGCCUUGUUUUAUAAUAUGGGGAAUCCCAUAAAUACUUUAUUUUAAUUACAUAUCUAUACUUUUGACCGAAUAUAUACGCACAUAUUGCAUUCACAAGUUGCCAGUCCAGUUCUAGCCACUUUAGAAGUUUCAACAAAUUUUAAAAAGCAAGAUGUCUGCAAAAAAUGUUGCCGAUACACAGCAAGAGUUUGCUAACAAAAAUGUGCGUAGAGCGCACUUGCCCGUAGCAACGAUCCUCAUUCUAGUUGUUGGAGAAGAUACCACAGAUAUUUUGAAUUGUGAGGACUUUGCUAGCACACAAAUCAUCAGCAAGUUAAAGAAAAAUGCCGAUGGCGAUAGCAGAGCUUUUAUAGACGAAAAUGGAAGUGUAUAUGCUGAUUGGGAAACGUACAAGGAAACAAAUAAGUUGCGACGUGGUAUUAUGGUUGCACCGCAAAACGGUUAUUACGCAUUCGAUAACGAUGGAAAAGUAAAAUUAGAAUUUAACAAAACACCGGCCGCUUGCAUUAACAACAACAAUGAAGCACCGACGAUACGCGAGGUGCAACAAGACUUUGCAAUGGAUGAGCAAUCAAAUAUUAGUGCAAAUACAAUUUAUGUGUUGGUAACUGAUUCGAGUAACUUGGAGGAAGCGGAAAAUGCGCGAGAAUUUUCUUAUCAUAUCGUAAUACGUUCCGACGGAAAUCGAACAUUUGUAGACGAAGAUGGUAACAUUUACAAGAAUUGGGAGUUGUACAAAAGUGAAAACAACUUGGUUGAUGGCAUUUUGGUUGCGCCUAAAAAUGGACGUUACACCUUAGAUGCAAAUGGGCAAGUCGAACUUGAGGCUUGGCAAACGACAGCGGCUAAAAAUAAAACCAAAAGGAAUACGAUACAUGAAUAUCACUUAGAUAUGGCGCUGCAAAAUAUUGCAUCCGAUGAUUAUAGCGCAAACUGCAGUAUAUAUGUGCUUGUCACAAAGCAAUCCAACAUGGUGGAUGCCUUAAAUUCACAAGAGUUUACAAUUCAUAAUGUGCUAAGAAUAGCGCGUGCUAUAACUAACAGUUAUGUUUUCAUAGACGACGAUGAGAACGAGUAUCUAUCGUGGGAUUUAUAUAUUAAGGAAAAUACUUUACCAGAAGGCAUUAUGGUUGCGCCCAUAAAUGGUAUUUACACUUUUAAUGAAAGUGGCAAUGUCGAUUUGGAAGUAUGUUUAACGCCUGCUUGCUUACCAAAGGCCACACAAGCAUCGAACGAAUUGACUAUUAGAAGUCAACAACAACAUUACGCAACAAUUACUAAAUAUCUGAAAACAGACACGUCUAUUUUACAUGUACUAGUCACAAGUCAUGAGCAUGAAAAUGCGCUGGAAGCAAAGGUAUUUCAGGACUUUGUUGUUAUAAGGAAGGCGUAUCAAGUUGAAUCGACAACUAAUGCAUUUUAUGAAGACGAAAAUGGCAAUAAAUAUCCCAGUUGGGAGUGUUACCUGAAAGAUAAUGAGCUACCAGCGGGCAUUAUGGUCGUGCCAUACAAUGGCGAAUAUACAUUGGAUGGAAAUGGCAAUGUAAUUCUACACAUACAGCCGACGCCAAAAACGGUAAAGAAAAUGCGCACAGUUCUGGAAGUACAGCAAGAUUUUGCCAAUAAUAGCGGUUUCAACAGGGAAAUUAUUUGGGACUUACUAUCUGAAAAACAAAGUCAAAUGUUAAAAGACAAAUUAAAACAUCUUAUACCAGACCAAGAGAAAGGAAAUAAAAAAAUAGAAGAAAUGCGAAAAAUGCUAUUUGACAGUGUUUGGGCUCAAAGAAAAUACACAAAUCGCAACUCUUUGAGUGCAAUUAUUUAUGUGUUUGUUGUCGAUUGUGAUAAAGAAGAAGACGCCGUAAAUGCUAAAGAAUUCUCCUGUCAUCCCGUUUUUAGAACACGAAAAUGCACAACUGCUGCCGAUAGUUCAAAUUGUUGCAUGAUCUUCAUUGAUGAGGUGGGGCGUGUUUAUCAAAAUUGGCAAGCAUACGUAUCAAAUAAUGAACUACCGAGUGGUUUACUGAUUGCGCCGCUUAAAGGUAUUUACACCACCGAUUACGACGGACGUGUACAGUUGGAGGUGCAUACUACACCGAAUGGUAGUGCUGCUAGAAAGGCACUAGGUUACACAGACACAGCGACAGCUGUUGCAGGAUUUGGUGCUGCUGCAAUCCCAAUAGCAGCUAUGAUGGUCACGGUCGCACCAGCUGUAAUAGUUGGCGCUGGUGCUGUUUGCGCAGCCACGGCGGCAUAUUCAACUGUACGCUCCGUGUGUAAUUUAGUGGAUCGUAAAAAGCAUGAACAGCCCAUUGGGUUGGAUAACUCGCAGGCGAGAAAUGCUUGGAUAGGUGUUGGCGCGGGUGUUGUGGGUGUGGGUGCAUCGGGCGCUACGAAAGUCAUGACAACUGCCGCUGCUGCGGGACAGGAGAUAUCAUUGGUUACCGAAUUGCUUGUGAAUGGUCUGAAUAUUUCAUCCAUUGUAUUAUCAGGAACUGGUGUAGCAAGUGGCAUACUGGAUCUAAUACUUAAAUAUCGCGAUGAUGAGGAGGUGACUAGCAUGGAAUUGGUGCAAUUGGCAGCCUCUUUGGUGCUAUUCACACAUUCGGUGUCAAAUUUCCGUAUGGCAUCAACACUGGUGAAUGACACACAUAACACCACAAUACAAGACUAUCGAAAGUCAUUGAGUAAUCGUCAAAGAAAGAUGUUUGAUAAAAUGUCAAAGGAAACAAUUCGUACCAAAGGCUCACAACAAGGCAAAGUAGAUAUUAUACGUGGUGCUAAUGAUAUGCCCACCAAACAAUAUCUAAACGAUCUAUAUAAAAUUAACAAGAAACUAAAUCAAGCUAAGGUACGUCCUUCAUUCGGCGCCGCUGGUGAAGGUGUCGUACUCAAUAAUGAAGUACCAGUAAAUACCAACGAAUUACGCAAUAAUCUUCAACAUAAUCGUGGACCUAAUGUGCUAAAUUCGGUUAAACAACCCAUACCAACAACACAGACUGACACAAAUGCCGUUAACAAUUCAAGAUUACUGUUCUCAAACAAUAAUAUUAACGGAGCAUCGGCACAACCAAGCGCUUUCGCCAUCAGAAUGGGCAGUAUUUUGCUACCUAAUAAUGUCUUACUUUCAUUAGCCGCGUAUGGCACUCGACUUUUUGAGAUGAUCGCUAAUCCGGACAGCUUUGAUGACAUUAUAACUACCAUGGCUGAUGCUUUUUCACAGGAAACAUUUGAUUUCUUAAUGAAAGUAGCACAAGAAUUUGUUGAAACACUAUUAGACGAUAUAAGGGAAAGGAUAAAAGUUUUUAUAUCCGCCGAAAACAUACUUUACCGUAUAUUUGUGUACGUUGAAGAUACAUAUAUAUCACAAUCGUUUCAAUACCUAUAUACCAAAAAGGAUAACAUUUUGAACGCUUUGAAGAACUAUUUUAACUCACUUAAUCCUAAUAGUAAUUUGGAACCGCAGAAAUGUGAGAUUUGUGGCGGAUCUUUUACAAUAUGUGAACUAUAAAGUCACAAUUUUAUAUUGAAUAAUUUUUAAUGCACAAAAUAUGUUGAAAACAGCGGAAAUGUGUAUACCAAUGAGGCCUUAAUAAUGCACUUUAGUGCCUUUUAAACAUAUGUGAUGUUUUAUAUGACAAUUAAAUAACCAUUUAUCAAUUAUA